GCUUGCUUCCGGGCCAAAAUAGAGGGUUCAGGAGAACCUAGGCCGGUUUUCUCCAACAAUCUUACGGAGUAGUCAUUGAGCCGAGCCAACUCAAUGCCGUUAUCCUUUCCUGGAACCCGACAAAACCUGCCCCACGUCAGUUACACUCCACCGCAAGACCCAUCAGGAAGCUCGUAAUGGCAUUUGACUUUCGGGGAGGGAGACAGGAGCGACUAUCGGGUCUCCAAGGUCUCCAAAUCAUCAUGGACUCCAACGGAUGACCGGCGGUACAAAUACGGCUCUGAGUUCGUGCAGCUGUGUGUUUUUUCCUCGCCCAUCCGCUCUAUUUCUUGACUGAUUGUCCCUUUCGUCAUCAUACCAACUCCGUGGUAACUGGCAACAAUGGCCCCCCUAUCUCUUCAGUCGACCUACAAAAUGGUCUCGGGAUAUGAAAUCCCGGUUGUUGGGUUCGGUGUUUAUCAAACGCCACCCGAGAUCACCGAGAAGGUCACUCUCAAGGCACUGGAAACUGGAUACCGCCAUAUUGACAGCGCGAAAUACUAUGCGAAUGAGAAAGAAUGUGCGGUGGCUAUGAAAAAGUCUGGAAUUGACCGUUCUAAGAUCUUUUUCACCACCAAGGUUCCCGCGUCUUCCAUGUCCUAUGAAAAGGCCAAGGAAGCCAUUGAGCAAAGUGUUGCUGCUGCCGAUCUUGGUUACAUUGAUCUAGUCCUGCUCCACGCACCCUACGGUGGGAAGGAGGGUCGCCUUGGUGCCUGGCGCGCUCUCGUGGAGGCUCAGAAGGCAGGCCACAUUCAUUCCAUUGGCGUCUCCAACUAUGGCAUUCAUCAUCUGGAGGAGUUGGAGGAGUACAUUAACAGCGGAGUUGGAGGCCAGAUUUCUGUUGGCCAGUACGAGAUUCACCCCUGGUGUGCGCGAGAGGACAUUGUUGCCUGGCUGAAGAAGCGCAACGUCGUUGUUGAAGCCUAUUCUCCUCUUGUUCAAGCUCAGCGCAUGGACGAGCCUGUAUUACAGAACUUGGCCAAGAAGCACAACAAGACGGGCGCUCAAAUCCUGAUCCGGUGGAGUCUGCAAAAGGGGUAUGUUCCUCUUCCGAAGUCUGUGACCGAUUCCCGUAUCGUUGAGAACACGCAGGUGUUUGACUUUGAAUUGUCUGGCGAGGACAUGGAGAGACUGAACACCGGCAUUUAUGCCCCUGUUUGCUGGGAUCCUGCUAAGGAUGUUCCGCUGUAGAGCGAUUCCUUUAAAUUCACUGAAAACAGCAGAAAGGCGAUGGCAGCAGGCGAAAAAUAUAUACACGUCUCUUUCGCUCAUAUAUAGAAGCAACACAGUGACAGGGGUAAAUGCAGGAUUUUAUUAGGCAACAAUGAU